AUGUCCGACGGCUGGGGCGACAGGUACCAGCAGCGCUUCGGAGCGGAUCCCGUCUUCCCUGGUGCGGAUCCCGUCUUCCCUGGUGCGGAUCCCGUCGACCCUGGUGCGGAUCCCGUGCACGACCCUGGUGCGGAUCCCGUCCACGACCCUGGUGCGGAUCCCGUCGGCGCGACCAUCCCUGCGUGCCAUGCGCUGCUCCCCGUUCACGCAGACGUCGUUGUCGACCACCAGAUGUUCGGAGCAUUGUUCGAUGCGGCGGUUUCCACAGACUUCCAGUCGGACGAAUUGUGCGCCCGAGCGGAACGGAUACUUUCUCAGCAGGGGGUCUCGAGCACCAAGGCCAUGCUGCAUGGCAUCAACUUGUCGCACCACUCACACGCAUGGACAGUGAAGGAACGCCUCGCAGAGCUUACUCUCAUGAUGGACAGGUGGCUCAGAGGCCAACUCGAGAUGAAGCUCACCACUAUCCCAGACGUUAACCUGGUGAUGUACGCGAUGUUCGAGGCCUACGACGAGACGCCGUUGAAGACUGGAGCCGUGCAAAGUGAGGAUGCAGUGCUGCUACCGCUGCACAGCUACAUGGAGUCGAUCGAGGACGUAGGCGGAGCGGGUGGAGACGGCGACGGCAUCGACGGUUAUGGCCAGAUCAGGGCUUCCAGGCCCCACAUCCGCGUGAAGGACACGCAGGUUUCCAAGAUAUUCCAGGUCACGCGAUGGGCAUCAAUGUUGAUCAGAAUCGGUCCGACAUAUUAUCUGUUCAGGGUGAAGACGCUGAACUCGCUAUCGAACCUUGAGAGCACCACCUCGAACGUCAUCAACAAAGCGCUUGGCUCCGUCGAGCACCUGAGCAUGGCCCCAACCAAGUUCAAGCACAAGAUCAGGGUUGCCAUGUCGGACGCCGCAUCCUCCAACAUCCGAGUCUCGACGUGCAACAAGCGUUCUUGCCAGAUCGUCGACUUGUUCUUCACUUUCGGCAUUCGUUUUUCUCUGAGCCUGCAAGCCGCUGGUGCCAUGGCGCAGUUCAGGCAGGCCAUCGUUGAAGCGUUGAUUGAUCACGCCGAUGUCCGACGGGGCGCGUCUUCGCAAGAGGCAGCGGCAUAUCGGAAAGCAGUGGUUCAGAGCUACCUUGGAAAGGGUAAGGGGGCGCGGGCGCGAUGGGCGACGCUCGAGUGCACUCUCAGGGGGGAUUGGCAGAACCAUAACCACAUCGAGAUCUAUGUGGGCUGGGACGAAACCAACUCAGUCAAACACGUCAUCGAGAAGCUGUCCUGGGAUAUCUUGUUCGCUAUUGCCCCCAGAGCCCUUCGAGUGUUCAACAGGAAAAGCUGGACUGGCUUGUCAGAGGCGCUCGCGGACAUUUGCUUCCUAGACGCAGUGCACGGCAUCUGUUCGAAGGCCACCGCGCACCAGAAGCAUCUGAUCACUCAGAACGACGCGGUUGGUGCGACGACGGACAAGCAGGGCGAGAACGACGUGGCCGCAGUUCGGACACAGAACAAGGCGUACAGGCUCGCUGGCGUCAGCUUGAUUGCGGACGGCCACUUGUUCGCGUACCCGAUCCUGCACGUUGCCGUCGCGAAGUUGCAGGCGCUCCUCGGGCGAUACAUGGAGCAGAGCGGCAUCAGGUGGGAAUUAAACCAGCGCAUGGGAACCAUUGCCGACGGCGGGGCCGCUACGUUCGAGUUCGACCCGAGGCGCCCCCUGCGCCGACAGUACGCCCUGACGAAUGCAGCCCAGAACUACUUCGAGACAAUGUUCAUUGCGGAGUCGGACGUCGCCAUGAAUGCGAUGGAUGACUGGCGCGCUUUGCACCCCAGAUCGUACACCACCUACUUCGGAGCGCUGGCAUUCAGGCUCAUUCUUCGGUCCAAGAAUGCAACAGAGCCAACGUUCAACUCAAGCUCGCCCAGCGGGCUGGCUGAGCUCCGCCCACGCGGGCGGGCGCGGAUUGCACCGCACCAGCGGUUCCCUUACAAGCUGUUCGCCUUCCUGGCACGCCCCGAGGAGCUCGUCGACGAGAUAGUGAUCGCGGCGACCAAGCCCUGCAUGCUCGACACAUUCAGUGCAUGGUUUCUCACUGAGUACCCGACGAAGGGCGAUUUGCUCGGCGGCGAGGCACUGACUGUUCUGCUGUCGAUCGCCAGGGACACGAAGCGGAAGAAGGUUCAUUUGUUUCGUUAUUUCAUGCGCAAAAACACUGGCAAGGGUUGGAGCUUCCUCGACUUCAGCAAUAAGUACCGUGAGCUGAGCCCUGGUGCAAGGGCCCGUUUGCGACAGGAGGCUGGUCAGGAUGCUGAGGACGGCCCCAUGUAUUUCACGUGUGCUCAGAGGCGGUCUGCGGAGCGGGCUCUCCGCGCCCAGGCGCGCCAUGUUGAGUUGGACACCAUCGAGGGGAUGUUGUCUGGUGACGAGGCAGACUACGAGGUCGACGAUCAUGCCAUCGUCGCCGCCGAGACCACUGCCGACGCCGUCGACGGCGCCGUGGCGCGCGCCGUCCGCGCCAACAGUCUCGUGGCAGAGGUGCGACGGCGGCGCCUGGCCGCGGGCGCGCGCCUCUUGCGGCAGCGGCGCUCCCACCAGGAGCAGGACGUGCAGGGGGCGCUCGCGCUGUCCCUCCCGUGCAGCGCGGGCGAGUUCGGUGAAGGCGUUGCGCCGAAUUGUCGCAGCGGGCGCGCGCGAUCUCUUCCGCGGGACGCCCCGCGCGAUAGCCGCGGGCUUCUUGGCGCGGCAUGGUCGCGCAAGGCGCGGGCGCGCGUUCGCGCGCGCCGUCGGCUGCGAGACUCCCGCGGCUGCGCGGAGACGCUCGCCGCUUUGCGAAGGCGCGAGUUGGAUGGCGUGAGGCUCUGCGGGCCGCGCCCUUGGCUUCGGCGGCAGUCGGCCGCGAGCUGGGGGAGCGGGAAGCGCGGGCAUUCGAUGCACAUGGCGGCCUUGAUCGGUAAGUGCAGCGCGGCGGCGGGCAAUUGCGCCGACGAUUUCGGCGAAGCAUUGGCUGUGGAUGAGACUGGCGUCGCCAUGCAAUCGGCAGCCAACCAGAUGCUUUUGCGUGGCGGCGGAGCAGCGGGGCAGCUGCCGCCAGAAGAGGAUGGGGACGAGGGCUGCGAUCGCGGCCGCGUUGCUCCAGGGGCGCCCGCCGCUGUUGCCCGCGCCGACGCGCUGCGCCCCGCCGAGGCCAGCAGGGGCAAUGGCAAGGCGCCCACGCCGCCGCACGAGCCGCAGCUCGGCGGAAGCACAAGUAUGUCGAACAGCGCCCGGCAGCGGCACGAGGCACCUCACCAGUCGGCGGCCACGGCACGCAUCGCCCUGACCCCUUCCGUGGCCUUCGCCUUGUCCGAGCUGCUGCCCGAGUCACAGAGGAUUCGGCCCGUGGUCCUUCGCCUCGUCCUCCCCGUUGUCCGUGCCAUGGCCCAGCGUGUCGAGGCCCCAGAAGACGCUCUGCUCGGCGACACCAUUGCCCGUGAAGUUCUUGAAGUCGUAAGCGUUCCCGCCAGUGGAGACACAGCCGCGGUCACGGACGACCUGGCGCCUCCACAACAUGAACGCGUAGUCCAGCACGUUCCUGCAGUAGUGAGGUCCAUCCUCUACUUGAUCUCCGCAUCGACCUGGGCGAUCAGGCUCUCCACCAAAGCAUCCCUGUCCUGCUGGCGGGACCACCUGUUCUUCUUCGUCUUGGGAGGCACCAUCUCCGAUGCCACGAAAACAGACGUGGUGGUUGCGGGCAUCCUCGACCGGGGAGACAUGCACCUGCCCGAGCCGUCCGUGUGGGACGCUACCCUGUUUAUCUUUCACCCCUGCGUCGGCCCCCUGGUGUCCUUGGUGCAGAUCCUGAUGUGGACUCUCAAUGCUUUCCUCCAGCUUUACUUCUGCUACAUCGUGCGUGAGCAUAUGCUGACCCCCGACGUGAGCGGUGACGUCCUGAACGGCUUGCUACGGUUCCGUCUCGGGGCUGGGCACGCCGUAAAAUUUGCCGACCGCGUUGCGAGAAAGUCCUUGGCAGCACAGGUUUGCGGCAGCGACAUCAAGCUGCACAUGUCUGGAACGCAGCUGCAGGCCGCAACCGAUAUUGGCAAUUUUCUGCAAGGAGGGGAACCGCUUAUGCUCCUCGCGCAGUUCCUCUGGUUGUGCACUGUUCUCAAGGAGUUGAACCAUACUUUCUCAUUCACCCGUGCGUUGCUGCACUUGCCUCGCGGCGGGGUCACCAAUGUCGUAAUAGUAGACAGCGACGGCUGCGACGACGUGACUAAUCUGACAACCGACGAUGCCAGGGGUGAUGCUCUUGUCGCCAUUUCGGUGGUGACGCGCAUCACUACCAUCAACAGGCUUCGUCUAUGGGCAGCAGUGGGCUUUAUCGCCUUGCCUCGGCUCGUCAUUGCUUCGGUCCUCGGCCUCGUCGGAGUUCUCUUUCUGGGCAAGACCUCCAAGAUGGAGGACCUGCUCCUCAAUGCCAUCGCGCUGGCGUUCGUGUACGACAUCGACGACCUGCUGUUCCAAGUUUUCGCGCCACGACGCCUCCACACCCUCUUUGCCAACCUGGAGCCCCUGCAGAUGGCGAGCGGCGGGCGCCCCCGGCUCAAGGGGGCUCACUCCAUCGGGAAAGCGCUGCUCGCCGGCGGCCUGCUCCUGGCCGUCUACGUGUCCCUGCUGGAGCCGUUCUUCUGGAUGCUCAGGCAGGCCCACGACGUGAUGUGCACGGGGGAGCAGAACUUCGUGUUCGCGGUGAACCCGGCCUCGGGCAUGAUGCACGUCGCAAAGUCCUCGACGAGCGUUGAGUGGACCGAGCACGAGCGAGCUAUCAUAAUGGUGGCACGGCCCGAUAUUGCGGCGAAACACGGGUGGGAUGUCGAUGCCAAGCUGGUUGCGCUGAGCUCCUCCGACGCGGCUGCCAUUGCCGUUGUGCUGCCGACAGCGGACUCGAUCUCCGAGGCGGCCUAUGGCCCGGACUACUUCGACACCAUUCUGGACAUGGACGUCUGGGACGUCGAGGACGGGGCGGAGCAGCUGGUGUGCAAGGACCUGGGCUCUGGCCAGACCCGCGAAGCUACGCUGCUUCAUCUGAGGGCGCUGACGGGCAACCGCAGCCUCGCUGGCUGCGACGACGUACCCUGGCAGAGCUGUGCCCAGCUGGACAGCGUCCAGCUCAGGGCCACCUGCCCUAUGAGGUGCAACUGUCACAAGGCUCCCACGAAUGCCCCCGGGUACUCUGGCAUUUUCCGCCGUCCCGCCAACGGCUGCCCUUCGCAGUGCACCAGCCUGACGGCCUCGUUCAACGAGAUCCUCUACAUGACGGGCUCGCUGGAGGAGGACGAGGGUGCGCAGCACUGCAAAGACCUGCGCGCCGAGGAGUUCGUGCACGCGGGCGGCUGCGUAGACACAGAUCAGUUUGCGGGCAGCCCUGGCCCUGGUUUCAAUGCGGCAGGCCGCCCCUGCUCGUCAUAUAAGGAAUUCAUGGAGAGCGAUAUGUUGGAUUGUCCAGCCGAUCUUGACGACGACGACUUCACCGCGAGCCAGAUGUGUUGUGCUUGCGGCGGCGGGGUUGUAUCGAACCGCGACUCGGUGAGCUGCCUCCUCAACCUGACGGACGACUGUGCGAACAUGAACCUUAGAGCAUUUUGGUUCCUAUUGUAUAUCAAGGGUUUAUUUCAGCAUCUCCUGUCGAACCAGUUCUUCUCAAUAAGCGUGGAGAGCAUUGUUAACCACGUGUCCAAGAUAAUCGGGGAGGGGCCCAGCCAGAACAGUAGCCUAGUGGCGUGGGUCACCAGUGGGAGGAUGGCGGAGUCUUUGCUAAAUGGGAAGUGGGAGUUCAUGCCAGACAUGAGGCACCCGCGCGAUCUGAAGGGGUGUGAUUUCCUGACAUCCUACGAGUUCAAAGCUCUCCUCAACGUGGACGUCUGCAGCUCGGAGUCCUACAGUUCCUUGAAGUUUCUGUGCCCAGUUUCUUGUGGCUGCGCCUCCAGCAUGUUCGAAAACAAUUUCAGCGAUCCCCCAUUCUUCGAAGAUUGGGGGUCGAUGCCUCCAGACCGGCGGAAGGUGCUGCAGUUCACCAAUGACAGGACCAACAUGGGAGAGUGUCCCAGCGAGUGCGUCUUGCCGCACCCUCUCAUCAGUGGGGAUAGUGCCUGGAGCAGCUUCUCCCAGCGCUUUGACGAUGACUACUUCGGGUACUACGAUGACUCCUAAGAGCCACGAAGGUGGCUCACCGUUACUUCCACCUCGUUGAUCGUGAUGGCGGUCCCUGGCUUUGUCACCUCCUCCUCCUCCUCAUCUUCGUACUCCCCUUCUCACGCCCUUCGUUAUUCUUCCCCACGUUGCCCUCAUUUCUCUCCCCCUCCUCUUGCACUUUCCAAUUGGUUCCCUCUGCAGCUCUUUCUCCUCCUACUCCUCCUCCUGGGCACAGCCUGGCGUCGGACAGAGUCUGUCCACCGUGACGAAGUGCAGAGGCAGGUUGCGCACUCCCCUUUGAUCGGGGCCACUUUCGCCACUGUAUGCACACAGACGCGAAGCGUCACGAGGAGGAGGGGGAAUGCGGUUGAUGAUUGUAGAUCUUCUGCUCAGGACAUCCCCUGGCAUUGCUGGCGGGUGCUGCCAUAGCAGCUUCCUAGCUAGAUCUUCAACUUUUUCGUGCAGCAGCUGUUCGCUGGCAGCUACCCUACCUGCUAUUGUUUAGCACCGCUGCCAGCCUGGUUCUGCCAUUGCCCGUGGCCACUUCGGAUCCUGCUUUCCCCCUGUUGACGACGUCGCUUCUUCCUCCUCGCCCUUGGCAGCGUUGAGUCCUCCUGCCUGUCCUGCUCCCCCUCGAAACCUGUUGCCGGCGCCUCCUCCCGGCGCUGGCGAAGGAUGUGUUUCUUCCCCGAUCACUCCUCACUCCCCC